CACACCCCUUCUCCCCUCCUAAGACACCAAUCCCCUUCUCCUUCUCCCCUCUCAAUCUAAACAACUCUACAUGACCACCUAUUCCUCAUUCCUAUCCCUGCAUCUGCAAAUCCAAUUGGCAUGUCAGAGAGCUCAUGGAGAACUCUCUUCACGGGAUGUUGUGGGAUGUCAGAUAGCUCUCAUCACUUUUCAAAGAAUUUGGAAUCACAGCAAAGCUCUUUCUCUCUAGAAGACCUCUCAGUCUCUCUUGCUGGAUCCAACCUCCAUGUAUUCAGUCUUGCAGAGCUUCAGAUGAUGACAAAGGGAUUCUCUAACAGCAACUUCCUUGGGGGAGGAGGAUUCGGUCCUGUGUACAAGGGGUUUGUUGAUGAGAGGAUAAGGCCUGGCAUGGAGGCUCAGGCUGUGGCAGUGAAAUUGCUUGAUCUUGAUGGAGGGCAAGGAGACAGAGAGUGGCUGGCUGAAGUGAUAUUUUUGGGGAAAUUGAGGCAUCCUCACCUUGUCAAGUUGAUUGGUUAUUGCUAUGAGAAUGAGCACAGGCUGCUGGUGUAUGAAUAUAUGGCAAAGGGUAACUUAGAGAAUCACUUGUUCCAACAGUUAUUUGCUUCCUUACCAUGGCCAACAAGACUGAAGAUUGCAGUGGGAGCUGCUAAGGGUCUGGCUUUCCUGCAUGACACUGAGAAGCCAGUAAUUUACAGAGAUUUUAAAGCUUCUAACAUCUUAUUAGAUUCGGAUUACACAGCAAAACUAUCAGACUUUGGCCUCGCAAAGAACGGUCCCGAAGGAGACAACACCCAUGUUUCAACCAGAGUCAUGGGAACACAAGGAUACGCCGCACCAGAGUACAUCAUGACAGGCCAUCUCACAGCAAAGAGUGAUGUAUACAGUUUUGGAGUUGUGUUGCUAGAGAUACUAACUGGAAGAAGAUCAGUGGAUACAAAGAGGCCCAGCAGAGAACAGAACCUUGUGGAGUGGGCGCGGCCAUGCCUGAACGAUGCGAGGAAGCUAUCACGAAUAAUGGAUCCCAGCCUUGAUGGGAAUUACUCAACGAAAGCUGCGCUGAAGGCGGCAGCAAUGGCUUACCAGUGUUUGAGCCAGAGCCCCAAGACAAGGCCACAAAUGUGUGCCACUGUUGAGGUUUUGGAAGCUCUGUUGGACUUGAAUGAUGGAAUGGUAGGCAGCUUUGUGUUCACCGAAAAUGGUGGUGUUGAUGAAGAAGAGAAGAAAGGAGCAAAGGAAAAUGGAAACUGCAACAAUGGACAGAGAUACAGAAAACAGUCUGGUAAAUCUGGAGGCCAUUUUGAUCUUUCAGUAAACAGAAACUUAGCAAGAAGACAAUUUGAGAAUGGGAUAAAGUUAGUGGAGGAUAUGAAGCGGAAAUAGAGUAUUAGAAAUUGAUCAUUUGUAUACUUUAUUUUUUUGGCUUUUGAAAAUUCAAAGAUAGGAUAAAGUGGAGUGCAAUUUUCCAAUUAUAUUAGAUGUGAAACAA